AUGCCAGCAAGAAAUGAGUCAACAAAACAACCAAUACUGUACAUUGAUGAACAUACGGAAAAUGUGCAAGAAAAAAAAAGUUCACUCGCCAUUUUUUUCAUACUUUUGGUGAUCGUCGCUGCAACUUUGGUUGUGCAUGUGCUGAUCAUUUCAAAGUUAUAUUUCAUUCCAGAAAGCUUAGCUAUUGUCAUAUUAGGUGCAUCAAUUGGCUUAGGUUUAUCAUAUAGUAAAAGAGACUGGACAGAAGUGGAAACUUUCAGUCCUAAUAUAUUUUUUCUUGUGCUUCUCCCACCAAUCAUAUUUGAAAGUGGUUAUAAUCUUCAUAAAGGUGAUUUUUUCACAAAUAUGUUUCCGAUUCUAUCAUUUGCUAUACUCGGAACGGUAAUAUCUGCUUUAACUAUUGGGUCCUCGCUUUAUAUUCUUGGACAGGCAGAUUUAAUAUAUAAAUUGACGGCGGAAGAAAGUUUCACAUUCGGUUCCAUGAUUUCUGCUGUAGAUCCAGUUGCUACACUUGCUAUCUUUCAAGCACUAAAUGUGGAACGAAUGUUAUAUAUGUUAGUUUUUGGAGAAUCAAUGCUUAAUGAUGCAGUUGCAAUUGUUCUCACAUCAACUUGUCAGCAAAUGUCCCGUGAAACUAUUUCAUCCUCCAAUUUUGAAAGCUUGUUUUUUGCUGUGAUUUCGAGAUUUACCUACGUCUUUUUCGUGUCUGCUCUCGUUGGUGCUUUUGUGGGAUUUAUAUCUGCUUUGCUCUUCAAGCAUGUUGAUUUGCGAAAAACGCCAAGUCUAGAGUUUGCCCUAUUACUUAUAUUCGCAUAUCUACCAUAUGGUCUUGCAGAAGCCAUUUCGCUCUCAGGCAUAAUGGCAAUUUUAUCGUGUUCGAUAACAAUGUCUCAAUAUACUCAUUUCAAUAUUUCGCCUAUUACACAAAUUACCAUGCAACAAACAUUUAGAACUUUGGCAUUUGUCGCAGAAACUUGCACAUUCGCAUAUCUUGGAUUGGCCUUGUUUACAAUUAAACUUCAGUUCCAGCCUAUGUUGAUUUCAUGGAGCAUACUUCUUUGUUUCAUCGGUCGCGCAUUAAAUGUGUUUCCUCUUGCAUAUGUAGUUAACAAAUGCCGUCAUGCUCAAAUUUCUAUCAAAAAUCAGUUCAUCAUGUGCUAUAGUGGUAUGAGAGGAGCCGUGGCGUUUGCAUUGUCUCUGCAUAUUUCUGUAGAAAAUGAAGAAACAAAAAGAAUUCUGCUGACGGCAACUCUUGUUAUUGUAUUGUUUACGAUUAUAUUUCUUGGUGGUACUACUUUGCCUGUGUUGCGAAUUUUGAGUUAUUUAUUCCCAGAGCGAAAACGCAGAAAAUAUGGAUUACGAUCUGCCAGUAAUCGAAGCAGAUCUGCUGUGUUACUGAGUAAAACACAAGAAAUGGUAAUAUUUGAUCAGUCAGAAUACCUAACUUCUGAUGUGGAAGAAAACUUCAAGAACGGUUGGAGAAUCGAAUGA